AUGACGAACAACGAGGCGCCGCCACUAGAGUUGUCGGACAUCAUGCACCCGUUAUCGCCCUCGCCUGCGCCUCUGCCUCCUGAAGCACCGCAAGAGCCGCCUGCUGAGCCGCCGCCUUCAUCUGUGAAUCAUGCGGCGGCACGGACUUCACGUAGUCCGUCCCCUGAACCUCUGGAUCAUAUUGAGUUCCAGGAAUUGAAGCAGAAAAUCCGGAAUAUGGGCUUGCUGGACCGAGGUUCCGCUGACUUGACUCCCAGAGAGAGGGAACUGGCCACAAUAGUAUUGCGGCUCACCUCAAUGACGUAUCCAGACUCCUCCCAGUUAGUCAGGCAGGCUGAGACUAUUGCCCACUUGACCCGGCAACGGGAUUUUCUCUUACGACAAGCUGAAGAGGAACGCAUCAGAUGGGAGGCAGAGAGGGAGGGCUGGGACCGGAUGGCAGAGGCUCUCAUCUCGAAUCGCAGUAGAGGAAACCAUCCCACUUAUCGCGAAGAGGAGCUAGCUCGAGAAGUACACAACCUUGAUUCCGACGCUAAAGCCUUGAGGCAAAAGCUUGAAGGCGCCCAUCUCCGUAUACAGCAACUGCAGAACGAGCUCACAAGUCUGCGUCCCAUUCUACUGAUGGAGCCACUUACCUUGCCAGAUGCUCCUGCCCAACCGAAACCAACCCGUAAGCCCAAACAGAAGAAACAGCCUCCUCCAUCACCUAUUCAGUCCGAUGCGCACCUAUCUCAAGAUGAACGCACUGAGGAUGCGGAAACGCAUGAUAUGAACGAUAACGUGACCGCCACACCCAAUGUCAAGGGUAAAGGUAGAGCGGACCACUACAGACGAGAGACACAGUCGUUACUACCAUCGCUCAUGCCCCAGUCGGCGGCAAAGGCGAAGAAAACCAAAGGGCCAAAGGGUAGAGAUGUGGCAGGUAUAGCAGGCCCGUCCACAUCCGCCGGUAAACCUUUACUCGCAGACGCGCGAGCCGAGCACCUCCUCUUAGCUGCGCGGAAAGUGGGCCGCGAGCGUGCUGGCAUAAUGGCAGGCAUCACGCGCAAGCUCGAGGCCGAGGAGAGGGAAAGGGAGAAACAGCGCAAGAAGGAGGAGGAAGCCAACGCGCGCGUCCAAGCCACACCGAAGACGCCCAGACGGACCACCGCCGCGAACACGACGACCACCGCGCACGUGACGCCCGCCACAAUGCCACACAUGAACUACCACCAGCAGGCGUACGCGUACCUGCCGAUUUCGUUCACGGGCACGCCUGCGGGGCCGGUGCUCGUGCCGAUCGCGCCUGGGCACUUCCCGCACCUGCCGCAGACGCCGACGACGUCCAGGACGUCCGCGCGGACGCCGUCGACGUUGUCGAGGCAGCAGUCGUCGGCCACGCCGCACACGCCGUUGCAGUCGUUGAUAGACGCUGCUGCGCAUGUGCAGGGGAACGAAGACGAGCAAGGGCCUUCGACUCCGAGUGGGAGGAAUAUGCGCACUCCGCGUCCUGGCGCGUAUGGGCAGGUUCGCCCGCUGCCUAUCAUGGAACUUCCAGAGUCUCCAGUACCUAAACGCAGGAGGAUGGCCGCUGCUUCGAGCACGGCGAGCUCUUCGAAGACGCAGUCUACGCCUAGCGCAAGCCAUGAUCGGCCUGAGAAUACAACACCUGCGUCGCUUACGAGGGAGAGCUCUGGUCUGGAUCUGUUGGCGAACCAGGCCGUGAUAAAUUCCAGUCAAGGCCGGAAGGACAAAGGGAAGGGUAAGGAACAGGCCUCUCAAGGCACAAAUGAUCCCAAGAAUGGUCCCAGAAAACGGGGGCGACCAAAGGGGAAGGGCAAAUACAGAAGCGACAUCAUAGUCGUCUCUCGUACACCGACACCAGAUAUUUCCCCGGAGUCGGAAGAGGACGCCCACGACUCUGCGACCGAAGUCGAGCGGCUCACGACGUCCGGCGUACAUGAUGACGAGGUCGGCGACGGCCUGAAUGGCUCCAGCGGCGUGAGUGCCCCCAAUCCAUCAGGUGUCCCAGGGGAGGUUGCGACACCUGCGUUGGCACCGCCCAUCACGCUGGAGCGGUCGCGCAGCGAGGACGGGCUGGAGUCGGCUGCUGAGUCGCCGCGGAAUAGGAUGUUCCUCGUUCCGAGCACCCAGCUUUUUUCGCGCCGAUCAUCGUCAAUACCGCCCCGUUUUAUGCGAAUGCCUCGUGCGGGAGCAUCCACGGAUGUCAAUGGGGAUAAUGAGAAUGAGGAGGAGAGAGAUGAGCUCGCCAAUAUGGACUCUUCACCUGGGGAUCCACCAUUUCUGGGAUACGGUCUUGACCCAAACGGCUGGAGCGCGCCGGAAUCUACUCUCGUCGUGGGCACGACGGUGACUGGCAGACCCAUCGCUGUCACAUGCAAAGUGAAGUUGAUGAGAAAAUUGGGCUUCGAGAAAGAUCAAGCCCUCCAUAGUGGACUCGAUGACCGUCCUCGCAGUAUUCCGGAGGACCAGGUUAACAUUGUAUCCGUUACAAAGAUCGAGAGCGCUGCGUGGUGGAAACCGGAUGAUAAACCAACCCACAAUCAAACCAGAUGUACGCUCAACGGCGAAAUCUUGGUCGCGGACGACCUUACCCCAAGCUGUUUCUUUCCCGGAUUCGUCGUGCUGUACGAGGUAGCCAUGUACCCCUUUCUAGCAUCCGAAUUCUCUUCUGCAGGUGGUCGUGAUACUCCAUUAAUUCGCCAGAAAGUGGACAUAGUCCCUCAGCACGGCCCGGGCCGUAGCGGGCAAAUGCCUCCAUCCUAUGCAUCACUCUCCGGACCCCAGCGAGAUACUCGAAGUAAAAGGUCUCGUGUGCGUCUUCCUGGAGUCCUCAAUGCGGCAAGGCCCCUGCUGCCCGGCACGAGCGUGAUUCCACCCAGGAGACGUUUGACCUACGACAUCGCUGGUGCCGUGUCACCAUGA